AUGAAUUUUGAAAAAAAAAAAGACCAAUUUUCAUCUGAUAAAAUAGAAAACAAUAUUAGGCAAGCUUUCAAUUUUUUAUUUGGAUAAGGAGCAUAUGAAAUAGGAUGUAAAUAAAUCAAUAAAUGAAGUUUAUUAGAAUACUUGGAAAUAAUCCAUAGAAGUCAAAGGAAAAGAAUAUUACGAUUCAGUAAUUUCAGCUAUAAUGAUUUAAAUAAUCAGAAUAGCUGAUGAAGGAUCUGAUUAGCCAGCUACUCAAUAUAUAGAUUUAAUAAUACUCCUAAUAGAUGGUUUAAUUUUUAAUUUAUAUUCAAAAAAUAAAUCUUCAGAUAGAGCAAAAGUACAUCAGAGUUUGUAUUAAACAAGUUAAUAAUCACAAUUGGCAUAACAAUCAGGUAAAAUUAUGGAAAGUAUUGGAAAUUAUGUCCCUUUAGAUGUUAAAGUAUUUGUAAAAGCUUUAGAAAGAAUGGCAACUAGUUUCGAAUUUUUCGAAUCAUUAGACAUUAUGAUGAAUUACAAUGAUGCUGAUUAAAAUAAAUUAUAACUCAGUCAUUUUGUUAAUACUCUGGAGUAUAUUUUAGAAAAAGAGUAAGUUAGUGAUCAAGUGUUGGAUGAUUAUAUAGCAAAUAAAGGAAGAAUCAGUAAGUAUAUUAUAGAAAGAUAAAGUAUGGCUGAAAGGGAUGAAAUUGAUGAAGUAAAUAAAUUGAUUUUUAGCAAUAAAUUAUUAAUUAUUAAGAAAUUGCUAUUUGUAAAGAAUGACACUAUAAAUGUAAAAGAAGUGCAUUUUACUUUAGGUAGAAUAUAUUUUGCAGCUUAUUCAAAAAAAAGAACUAAUUACAAACGAUCAUAGUUUUCUUAAUUAAAAUUUUAGGGUGAAGAUAUGAUACACAAUAUCUUUAAAUAGUAUAUUAAUACCCAGACUAAAAGAGAUAUGCUUUUCAAAGACCAAGAUGAAAGUGAUCCUUUCUUCUAGUUUCUACUAAAUUAUAUGCAGUUGUUAUAUUCUCCUGUUUACUUUGAAUUUUAAUAAUUACUAGAUGAUUUGCUUUUACCAAAUCAUAAGAUGGCUCCUCCUAAAUUCUUUGCAACUGUUUAACCAAUUGUAGAAACAUAAUUUAUUACUUUCUUUGCUACUUUACCUCCAGAUCUUCUCAAUUUACUUGCUUAAUUUAAUUAAACUAUACAAGAUGCUCCCCAUUUCACAGAUAAUCUUUAAGCUACAUUUCCAGUUAAAAAUUUAUUCAUAUCAAAAUUUUUAUUGAAUCCAAACCUUAAGGAAUAAUUUAUUAAUCAAGAUUACAAUAUGGAUCAUUUUCUUACUGUUGCUAAUCUUUUUAAAGAUCUUUUUUUCAAUAAUACAAAUAGAUCCUAUAGUAAUUUACCUUAAUUUUAAGAAAUGUCAACUAAACUUAAAAAUAUCUUAGAAUCAUAUAUUACUACAUAUGAUAAUGAUGUAUCUAUUGAUAUUUAUAGCUAUUUUAUCACUGAUCCUUUAUUACAAAAUGAUUAUAAUUUCCUCUACAAUUAUUAUCACAAUAAUAUAAAAGUCUUACCUUCCGACAUUAAGGAUAUUCAUAUGGAUAAAUUUAAUAGUUAUAUGCCAAAAAGAAUUUAUGUUAAAGCUUAUGAGAAACCAGAAGAAUAAUAACAAAAACAAGAAUAAAAAGAAAAUCAAUAAGAUUAAUAAGAUCUUAUUAAUGGUGAUAUAGCUGAUGAUGAUAGAUCAGAUAAAUCUAAAGGAAAAUAAUUUGUUGGACCAGAUUAUUAAGAUGAAGAAUUUUAGGGAGUUGAAAAAGUUGAAAAAGCAACUCAAACAGAAGUUUAAGAAGACGAGGACUUAAAAAAUGCUGAAAAGUUUUAACCUAAUUUUAAUGAAAAGAGUGUAAUUAGUGAUUAAUCAGUAACACCAUUAGAAUAAGAAGACAAAGAAAAAGUUCCUUAAAAAAAACAAGUUACUAUUCCUUAAUAUAAUGAAUAUUAUGAUAUAGAUAUUAGGCAAUAGGAAGAAAAGGCUUAAGAGGAUACACGAAAAUAUUUAGAAGAAAUCUAAUAAUUAAGAAUUUAAAUUGAAGAAAUGAAAGAUUAACAUAGUGAUGCUUUGGCAUAAGUUGAGUUUGAUCAUAAUUAACAAAUUAAGAAAAUGGUAUAUUAUUUUAUUAAAUUUUUAAGGAGUAUGAAUUGAAUCAAUCAAAAUUAAGAAAUGAAAUGUUAGAAAAUGAAGUUAAAUUAAAAUAAUUGGAAAUUGAAUAAAGACAUGAUUAAAUUGAAAAACUUUUUGAUGAAAAAGUUAAUUUAAGUUAUUAGUUAUAAAAAGCUCUUGAUGAAAAAGAAUUAUUACAGAAACAUUUUGAAGAUUAAAAUAAGGACUACAAAGAAUAAACAAAGUAGUUUGAAUUGAAAGACUUAAUGAAUGAAUUUGACACAUAUUAAUCUUAAAUUAAUAAUAGAAAAAAUGAUUUAAUGAAGGUAGCAAUAGAUCAUGAAAUACAAUAAAAAAAGUAUUUCAGAAAAUUAAAUAUUUGA